CCGAAAUAGGCAUAUUUAAAAUGCAAUGGCCAUUUCUAUUAGGGGAAACAAGCAGCUUUGUGGUGGUAUACCUAAACUACAUUUGCAUAGUUGCAAUACCAAGGAAUUCAAAGGAAAAAGAUUUACACUCAUCAUGAAAAUAAUAAUCCCCACAUCGUUUGGGCUUCUGGGACUAGUAAUAGUGUUGUGUUUACUGUAUCUUUGUUGCUUUAGAAAGACAACAAAAGUACCCCUGUUGAGAUUUUUAGGGAAGUCAUAUGUGAAACUGUCCUACCAAAGUCUACUCAAGGCAACAGAUGGGUUCUCUCCAGCCAACAUGAUAGGCAUGGGUAGUUUUGGUUCAGUCUACAAAGGAAUUCUUGAUCACAGUGAAAAAGUUGUUGCAGUGAAGGUACUAAACCUUCAAUUCCGUGGAGCUUCCAAGAGUUUUGUUGCUGAGUGUGAGGCCUUGAGGCGCAUCAGACAUCGAAAUCUUGUCAAGGUUUUCACAGCAUGUUCAAGUGUUGACUAUAAUGGUAAUGAUUUCAAAGCUUUGGUUUAUGAGUUCAUGGUCAAUGGUAGCCUAGAGGAUUGGUUACAUGCAAAUGAAAAUGAAGAUGAGGUGCAUGUCAAAUCAAGAAAUUUAAACAUCCUACAAAGGUUAAAUAUUGCCGUUGAUGUUGCUUCUGCACUUGAUUAUCUUCACCACCAUUGCUCGGAACCAAUAGUUCACUGUGCUUUGAAGCCGAGCAAUGUUCUUCUGAAUAAUGAAAUGAUUGGACAUGUAGGUGAUUUUGGGUUAGCUAGAUUCCUUCCAGAAGGCACCUAUAAUUCUUCUGCAACUCAAUCAAGUUCCAUUGGCUUAAGAGGGUCUGUUGGUUAUGCUACUCCAGAGUAUGGUAUGGGAAAUAAGGUGACAACAUUUGGUGAUGUAUACAGUUAUGGUAUCCUCUUAUUGGAAAUGUUUACGGGGAAGAGACCUACUGAUAACAUGUUUAAUGAUAGUCUGAGUCUCCAUAACUUUGCUAAGAUGGCUUUACCUGAACAAGUAGCGAGCGUUGUUGAUCCAACACUAAUUCAACAAAGAGAAAUUGAGGAGGCAAGCUCAAGCACCGAAAACACUCGGAAUCAGAGCUCUACUGGCAGUCAUAAAAUUUAUGAGUGCUUGAUUUCAAUACUUAAUAUUGGAAUUGCAUGUUCACAAGAACUACCGAGAGAUAGACCAACCAUUAAUCAUAUUGUUACUCAGUUGCUUGUGAUCAAGAACAACUUUCUUGGAACUGAUGGAGUUCAUGGAGGAAGAAGAGCUAGAAUUACAGUGUGAUCAUGAGUAGGUACUUGAGGCCUGAUUGGAGUUCAAGAUCUUUGUCGACUCAGCAACUAUGUUAUAUUAUCCUAUGCUUUAAUUUCUUCCCCCCUCCCCCCCUCUCUCUUCUAUGUUUUUAUUUUGUCUCAAGCAUGCACUUUUCUCAUCUAAAUGUACUUCAGGAAGGCUAUGGCUUGCAAUGGCUAUCUAUCCUGUUUUAUACUUUAAAAUAGGUUCAUAUGAAUUGCAAUGGUUCCAAACAAGUUGUUGCUAUAGAAC